AUGUAUAGUGCGCCUCUGUCGUAUUUCUCUAAAACCGACAAUGGCUCAAUCCUAAACAGAUUCAGUCAAGAUAUCCAGCUUAUUGACAAACAGCUGCCAUCAGCGCUUCAAACUGUGGUAACUCGUACGAUCAGCUUUCCCUCUUUGAAUAAUUAUUGGGAUAACAAGCUGCCAGAGAUCUUCAAGCUGCUCAUGCAGAUCAUACUUCUUUGCCUGGCCGAUAAAUGGCUGGCAGUAACUUUACCGGCCUGCGUGCUCUUGGUUUAUGUCAUUCAAAAGGCUUAUCUGCGGACCUCGAGACAACUCCGAUUCCUGGAGCUGGAGUCCCACGCAGGAGUCUUCAUGAGUUCUUUGGAAUGUAUUGAGGGCCUCGAAACCAUACGGUCAUUUGGUUGGUCUAGGGCUGCAAUGCAGGAUCAUAUCCGAAGCAUCGACAACUCUCAGCGUCCAGAAUUUCUCCGAUUGUGUCUCCAGAGAUGGCUGAACAUGGUCCUGGACCUUUUGGGUGCGGCUGUUGCAACGAGUGUUGUUGCAAUAGUUGUAGCAUUUCGAGGGCACAUCAGUGGUGGACAAGUCGGAAUCGCGCUCAACGUUAUGCUCGUAGCAAAUUCAACACUACUAAAGCUUGUGGAGAAUUGGACUACAGUAGAGGCGUCCCUCGGUGCCAUCGCUCGAUUGAAGACGCUUGAAGAAACGGCUGCAGUUGAGGGGGGGAGACUCCGGACCUUGGAGCCACCGGAAAACUGGCCUUCUAGAGGACAUAUCGAAUUCAAAAACGUCGCUGCAUCCUACGAGCCGGGGUCGGUUGCUCUACAGAACCUGAGCCUGAAUGUUUCCGCAGGUCAGAAACUCAUUGCGUGCGGGCGUACAGGCAGGCUCAUUGUGCAUGCCAGCGGUAAAAGCACGUUACUCCUCUCGCUCCUACGGCUUCUAGAGCUAGAAUCCGGCAAGAUCGAGCUCGAUGGCAUUGAUAUCAAGCAAGUGAGGCUAGAUGUCCUACGACGACGGUGCUUCGUCGCGGUGUCUCAAGACCCUUUGGUGUUGCCUAACGAGACCUUGCGCUUUAACUUAGACCCAGAUGCUUCAAUGUCAGAUGACGACCUUGUUGUUGCAUUGAACAAAGCGGGGCUGUGGCCACAUUUCUUCGAGGGCCACACGUACUCUGGGAAAGAGCCAGCUACCAUCACCAAUAUUUCAAACUCCAGUGGAUAUCAUAUCCUUGACCAGAAGGUGUCGCUACUUCCGAAGCUCUCCGUAGGACAGUGUCAGCUAUUCUCGCUCUGUCGUGCACUUGUCAAAGCCAACUCGUUACAACGUUCCGGAAUGAAGCCUGUAGUCCUCUUGGACGAAGUUACAUCCUCCCUCGACGAAGUCACGGAAUCCACCAUUCAUCGUAUCAUUGACGAUGAGUUUACUAAACAGGGCCACAUUGUCAUCAUUGUGGCUCAUAGACUCGGCACUUUGGAGAAGCACAUGAAAGCUGGAAGGGAUGUUGUGGCAAUGAUGGCAGAUGGUCGAUUAGAGGAAGUCAUUGACGAUUUAGGACCCGCGACUUUCCAGCGUUUCAGGCAGAUGGGAUAG